AGAGACAGGAAACAGUUUAGUUUUGCCGCGGAACAGACGCUCACAGCAGCAGUGUGUCAGUGUCGUGACGUCUGUGGACUUUUGGUCGUUUCUUCUGGAACUUUCUCUCUUUUUCUUUUCCUUGGCCGCUGCAGAAUGUCUGGCUUCGACGACCCCGGUGUUUAUUACAGCGACAGCUUCGGAGCCGGAGAAGGAGCGGGUCCGGAUGAAGGCGGACAGAAGAGGAUCCAGAUCAAGAAACGGUUCCGAGAGUUCCUGCGACAGUUCAGAGUGGGCACAGACCGAACCGGCUUCACCUACAAGUACAGAGAUGAGCUGAAGAGACACUACACCCUGGGGGAGUUCUGGGUGGAGGUGGAGAUGGAGGACCUGGCCAGCUUCGAUGAAGAUCUUUCAGACUGUCUCUACAAACUUCCCUCUGAGAACCUAGCACUGCUGGAAGAAGCUGCUAAAGACGUGGCCGAUGAAGUGACUCGGCCCCGGCCCGCGGGGGAGGAGACGGUGCAGGACAUCCAGGUGAUGCUGAAGAGCGAUGCUCAUCACGCAUCCAUCCGCAGCCUUAAGUCAGAGCAGGUGUCCCGUUUGGUGAAGGUCCACGGCAUCAUCAUCUCUGCCACGGCCGUGAAGGCCAAGGCCACCAAGGUGUGUCUGCAGUGUCGCGGCUGCCGUAACGUCAUCAGUAACAUCCCGCUGCCUCCCGGACUGCAGGGUUACGCUCUGCCGCGCAAGUGCAACACUGAGAACGCCGGGGGGGUGAAGUGUCCCAUGGACCCCUACUUCAUCAUCCCCGACCGUUGCGUUUGCGUGGACUUCCAGACUCUGCGUCUGCAGGAGUCUCCGGACGCCGUUCCUCAUGGUGAGAUGCCUCGUCACCUGCAGCUCUACUGCGACAGGUACUUGUGCGACCGCGUCGUCCCAGGCAACAGAGUGACCAUCAUGGGCAUUUACUCCAUCAAGAAGGUGGCAGCUGCAAAGGCCAGGGGCAAAGAGAAGGGCGUGGGAGUGGGCAUCCGUGCGUCCUACCUGCGGGUGGUGGGCAUCCAGGUGGACACAGAAGGAGCAGGCCGAGGUGCGACAGGAUCUGUUUCUCCACAGGAAGAGGAGGAGCUGAGGUCACUGGCAGCGUCUCCCAACGUCUACGAUUCUCUGGCCCGCUCCGUGGCUCCGUCCAUCUACGGCAGCGAUGACCUGAAAAAGGCCAUCACCUGUCUGCUGUUUGGAGGCUCCAGGAAAAGGCUGCCUGACGGCCUCACCCGCAGGGGGGACAUCAACCUGCUCAUGCUGGGAGAUCCUGGUACGGCAAAGUCUCAGCUGCUGAAGUUUGUGGAGAGAUGCUCACCUGUCGGGGUCUACACCUCUGGUAAGGGCAGCAGUGCUGCUGGUCUGACCGCCUCUGUGCUCAGAGACCCCAGCACUCGCGGCUUCAUCAUGGAGGGUGGGGCCAUGGUGCUGGCUGAUGGUGGAGUUGUGUGCAUCGAUGAGUUUGACAAGAUGAGAGAAGACGACAGAGUGGCCAUUCAUGAGGCUAUGGAGCUGGAAUCACCACCACCCUGA